AUGCCCGACCUAAUUCUAGUGUUGGUGUUCAUUUCCAAACCUCCAGCAUCUUUCGUCACCCACACCUUCGCAAAGACGGGCCAUUCUCAGCUUGCCGUCGUUGAUGCCUUCGACGGCACUCCGAAGCACGCGCUGUUCAUCACCGAAGAGGGGCUGCCGCACCGAGGCAGCCGCCGAGAGGAGCUUAACAACGACACGGUUGUAGCUAUCCGAGACGGGCGGUACAGAGUGGAGAUCGGAGGCGCUGACGGUUUUCCAGUUGCGUCACAACGUUUGGACAUCUCGGGCUUGGAGAGCCAAGUGGUGCUCGUCAGGACCGGGGCCGAUGCCGCCGUCCUGAGCCCCAUCCACGAGGCUCUGCUCGUGUUCCCGCAGUCGUGUAGUUCUGUGCCAAGCGGUUCAGAGCCAGUGAAGCAUUUGCAUGUUUUCUACGUUGCUCUCAUUAUAGGCGUGUGCGCGCUGGUGCGAUGA